CUUCUUCUUUCUCUUUUUUCUCCUUUCCCCCCCUUCUUCCAUCUGUCAUACCAUUCACAGCAUCUUACGGAACAUCAUGUCGCACUCGGGUCAAGAUUCGCCAACAGGUCUGUCGGCAGCGAACCCCGGGGCCGGACGGCUAUUGUUACCCCUGCCGCUUCAUGUUCCGGCAACACUCGAACCACCCGUCAAUAGCCCGGGCCCGGGCUCAAUGUGCCCAAGGUUCCUUCAGCCCAGGGUUUCGACUUCACACCCAUCUACCCCCCCAAGCUACCCAUUAACCAAAAUCCAAUUGCAGGCUAACUGCACCUUGGAGCAUAGUCAGCAGCGUCAGCCAGAACAUGAAGCCUUAAGCCCAAUCAAUCCGAAUGACUCGAGUCAUGCACUACACACUCAGUCGCCUAGGAUACUUGCCCCACGCCGCCUUAAUCCAAAUUAUUAUCAGCAGGCAACCUCAACAGUCAACAUUAAGAACAAUGCCAUCCCUCACUUUUUGCAUGGAAAAGCGGACGCGAAGGCAAAGGUGGAUAUACACGAAGCUCGACGCGAUUAGGUCAACACUAUCGAUUGUGGUGUCAUGGUUCUACUAGACUCCAGCUAGGCUUUCUGGAAAGGGAGCUCUCUCGUCC